GCCUGAUGAUUUAGCGUUUGCAUUAAAGGAGGUACAAAAAGGAAGAUUAACAACUAAAGCGUUGCGUUUGUAUGUCGCUGCGCUCGCUCAAGGAGACCCUGACGCUAAGAGAUACUUAGCACACAACGCAACGGAGGAGGAGACAGAGGCUCGUGCUCGUGAGGAUCUACAGGAGCUAUUUAAAGAGCAGCCUAAGUAA